AUGCAUUUUUCCCACCCGACUCACUUCCACCAUCCCAUUCACUUCUACCAUCCCAUUCACUUCCACCAUCCCAUUCACUUCCACCAUCCCAUUCACUUCUACCAUCCCAUUCACUUUCACCAUCCCAUUCACUUCCACCAUCCCAUGCACUUCCACCAUCCCGUUCACUUCCACCAUCCCAUUCACUUCCACCAUCCCAUUUUCUUCUACCAUCCCAUUCACUUUCACCAUCCCGUUCACUUCCACCAUCCCAUUCACUUCCACCAUCCCAUUCACUUCCACCAUCCCGUUCACUUCCACCAUCCCAUUCACUUCCACCAUCCCAUUCACUUCCACCAUCCCAUUCACUUCCACCAUCCCAUUCACUUCUACCAUCCCAUUCACUUCCACCAUCCCAUUCACUUCCACCAUCCCAUUCGCUUCCACCAUCCCAUUCACUUCCACCAUCCCAUUCACUUCCACCAUCCCAUUCACUUCCACCAUCCCAUUCACUCUCUCAGGUGGGAUGCUGUGCUGCGUGUGGCUCAGCUCGCCCUCACCUGCACCGCAGACCGCACUGCAGCCCGCCCAAGCAUGGCACACAUUGCCAACAAGCCGCAGGCCAUCCGGGAGGAGUGGUUGGGGAAAGAGGAGAUGAGCGCGGCUGUCAAGGUGGAUGUGCAGAUCGAAGAGAUGAAGGAUGUUGCUGCUGGUGUGAACAGCCUCGACACCGAACUUCGGAUGAUUGAAGACAACCUGGCUGAAGGAUACGAUAGGUUAUAUUACUGA